CUCACCAGGGCUACGUGGCUCUGGGCUAGUUUGCUAAGCGGCUCCUCUGGCCACCUUCGGUCGCUAGCCGCAGAGUCUGAGCUCAUCGUUUUCCUCUGUAGGGCCUCGGAGACGAGCAGGAGGAAUCCAUAGCUGUCGGCGCCAGAGCAUCCGCUCCUCACUUGCGGUGCCUAGUUUUGCUGUCCAGAGCACCCGGAUCUGCGACCCCCUGUAGACUGAGUUCGACCAUACCUGGGAGGCAAGCUUUCUCACUGAGGGCACUGAUUCAGAGGCUGGAAAUAAAAUAAAGUGUCUAAUGAAAUAGAAGGAAGAUUGAACCUGCUGCACACCUGCUGAUCACGCUUUAUUUUCUAAAAAGCCUGAGCCUCUUCUUGUAUUCAGAUACCGUGUCCUCAUCAGGCAUGGCUAGCAUCCUUGCUUAUGUGGGUAAUAGCCGGAGGCAAAACACAGCCUUGCCACCUUGGGCCCAUUCCAUGCUGAGGUCCCUGGGGAGGACUCUUGGUCCUUUGAUGGCCAACAUGGUAGAGAGAAACAUGAAAUUGUUCUCUGGGAGGGCAGUGCCAGUCUAUGGGGAAGAAACCUUUGAAAACUGGCUGAUAGAAGUCAAUGGGGUCCUGCCAGAUUGGAAUAUAUCUGAGGAGGAAAAGCUCAAACGGUUAAUGAAAACCCUUAGGGGCCCUGCCCGGGAGGUCAUGCGAUUACUACAGGCUGCCAACCCCAACCUAAGUGUGGCAGAUUUUUUGCGGGCGAUGAAGCUGGUGUUUGGGGAGUCUGAGAGCAGUGUGACUGCCCAUGGUAAAUUUUUUAACACCUUACAGGCACAAGGGGAGAAAGCUUCCCUUUAUGUGAUCCGUUUAGAGGUGCAGCUGCAGAAUGCUAUUCAGGCAGGCUUCCUAGCUGAGAAGGAUGCAAACCAGACUCGCCUGCACCAGCUCCUGGUAGGGGCUGAGCUGGAUAGAGACCUGUACUACAAGCUGAAGCGUCUUCUCAAGAUAUAUCCGAAUGAGCAAGAGCAGCUUCCCAAUUGCAUGGAAUUAAUCAGAAUGAUAAGGGAGGAAGAGGAUUGGGAUGGCACUUUUAUUAAGCGGAAGCGCCCCAAAAGAUCUGAGUCAAUGACAGAGAGAGCAGACAGCCCUGUGGCAUUUCAGGACUCCCCACCAAUGGCUACUGGUAGUGUUGACUGCAAUGUGAUAGAGAUAGAUGAUACUCCUGAUGACUCAGAUGAGGAUGUGAUCCUUGUAGAACCUGAGGACCCUCCACUGUCAUCCUCUGAUGCCACACCACUGAGAGAUAGGGCCACAUCUUGGGAUCAAGUGCUGGUCAUUGAUUCUCCCGACAGUGCUGAGGGUCAGUCUCCUUCUGCCAGUGGUAGUUCUGGGCAUAAGCAUAGUGGUCCUGGGGAUAUGUGUAGAGCCAGGAAACGAAAACAUACAAUGUACUGUUCUUAUUGUGGGGACGAGGGCCACUCAAAAGAAAUGUGUGACAGUGAGAACAACAAGACCCAUGUUUUUGAGAAUCUGAUCAUCACCUUGAAGGAGCUGACACAUACAGAGGAGGAGGGGCCAAGCGAGGGACCUGGUACAUUGAGUGACCUCUCUGAGUAAAGCACUUACCCCCUAGCCUUCACUGAACCCCCGUACCUAUAUCUAGAGUUCAGUGACUGGGAGAAGGGGACUUCUAUUUGCAUGAAUUAAUCCACAAAA